UUUUUUUUUUUCGUUGUUGUUCGUCUUUUUUUCAAUACAUCCUUUUUUAUUAUUACACUGCUGUUUGUAUUAUCAACAUGAAGUUAUUCCAAACUGUUCAUGAUUUCAACUAUGAAUGGAAUCUUGUAUCAACAGCACAAUGGCAAAAAUACCCAAACGAUAAUUGUCCUCAUGUUCAAGCUGUGGAUGUAUUGAAUAGUUCUAUUGACCAUACUACCGGCAUUCUUACUACUGAACGACUUAUUACAGUUGUACAAAAUGUACCAUCUUUAAUUCGAAAGAUUCUUGGUACAGGUACUACUCAAUAUGUUCGUGAAAUUUCUAUUAUCGAUCCCAAAGCCAAGACGUUGACUAUGCGUAGUAUCAAUUUAACCAUGGCUAACUUGUUAAAAGUGGAAGAAACCAUUGUAUACCGAGAACAUCCUGAUGACCAACAAAAAACACAAUUUACUCAGCAAGCCGCGAUUUCCGCGGGCAGUAUGAUGUCACGGUGGGCUAGUAUUAUUGAAGAUUUUUCCUUGAAACGAUUCCAACAAAAUGCUGCUGUAGGUCGUGAAGGAUUUUCAAAGGUACUCGAACGAUUUGUCGUCAUGGCUGAAGCGGCAGAUUCAAACAAAGCUGGUCUUGGCCAAUGAUUCCCCUCAGAUUGAACUUUUGGAAACAAAUCUUUAUAUAUAUUGUAUACAACUUCACGUGCAACAAAAAAAAAAAAAAAAGUAUUAUCUUUACCCUUUUACCCCAGUUGGGUUAUUUUGAUUUCUUCCUUUCCUUUUUCCUCUCCCUGUAUUUAGAAACCAUAUCAUCUUUUUAUUUUUAUAUGAUCACCCUUUGUACACACACAUACGCAAACGCAUACAGCAUACAAACCUACAUUCUACUCCUCUCAUACACAACAUACACACAUACACACUCUCUCUCUCUCUUUGAACAAAUAACAAAAGAUAGUUUUACUAUUAGAUUUAUUCCUUUUUUUUUUUUUUUAUACAACCAUUGAAAUAAAG